UAUAGGAACUGAUGGACCUCUAACAUAGAUGUAAUAGAGAUCAAUUUGGAAUAUAAAACAUUUCGGACAACAAAGCUGGUUGACAUUGCUAUGUUUACGGAUAGUUCGGCCCCAGGAAAGAAGUUUCCUAUUUAUGUUGACAACACGAUGACUCGACUUAUCGUCGAAGUGGAAACUGACAGAUCAAGUCCAGUUAUGAUUGUUACUAAACCGUCAGGUUUGCCGGGUUAUCGUCCCAACCUGAAUAGCACAGCGAAUAUAGGAACCGUUAGUACCGUUAGGGCAACUAUGGACGUCGCUAUUACUAUGGCUGAUUAUGGUAUAUGGAUGCUAAAUAAAUUAGACGCAAAUACUUGGAAUGUGAAAUUCAAGGCGAGAGUGCUCUGGAUUUUAGCUACCAGUUUUUAGAAGGAUCUUUUAUACAAGUACCAAUUACAGGAGAUCCUAUACAA